GUAAAUGGAUAACUAAGAAGCAUAAUUUUAAUUUAGCUCAAAUGAAACAUUUGAAACUAAAACUUAAGAACCAUAAAUAUAAUAGGAUAACAUAGAAUAAUAGUAUUAUCAAAAAUAAUAUUUAGAUUUUAAUACAAUGAUUUAAAAAUGUCAUAGAAAGUGGGAGGAGGCAUUAAUCAUCUAAAAAUAACUAAAGAAUCUAAAUCUAUGAAAACAAAUUCUUUAUCAAAUUCACAAAGAGCUGAAUUAGCUGAUUAAAAAAGAGCAUAAUUAUAAAGUGCUAAUUAAAAAAAACAAUAAGUUCCUGUACAACAAUAAGUUCCUAUACAACAAUAACAACCAAUCAAAUAAUAAUAAUAAUAAUUUUAAUAACAAAUACCAGCAAAUUAAUAAUAACCUUAGAAAAAUAAUAUUAAUAAAGUUUAAAAUAGAUAAUAAAAUUAAGAUUAAGGCAUAUUUGGUACAGUCAAGAACUAUUUUACUAAUCUAUUGGGAAGUGAUCCAAAACAUUAAUUUGUUUAUCAACCCACAAAUGUUUAUAAUGAUGAUGAUGAUAUUUUAUAUUAAUAUCAUAAAUAAAAUGGAUAGUAAAUGGAUAUUGAAAAUAUGGUUGAAUUAAGAGUUUAAUCAUAAUAUGAUUAUUGUAAACUUAAAAAAUAAGAAAAAUAAAUAUUACCAGCUAUGGUAAGUAUUAUUACAAAAGAUAUUGAAUAAUAUGCCAAAAACAACUCUUCAAUAGAGGCAGGUAUUGAUUUAUUAUGUGUUAUUGAUAAAAGUGGAAGUAUGAGUGGAUAAAAAAUUAUGAGUGUUUAAUAAUCUCUUGUAUAAUUGUUAGAUUUUCUUAGUGAAAAGGAUAGAUUAUGUCUUAUAGUUUUUGAUGGAAGAGCUUAAAGACAUACCUCUUUAAGGACUUUAACUUAAGACAAUAAGAAAUAUUUUAAAAAUGCUAUAGCUGCCAUAUAAGCUGGAGGAUCAACAAAUAUAGCAGCAGGAACUGAGAUUGCAUUUAAGUAAAUAGAAGAAAGAAAAAUGAAAAAUUAAGUCACUUCUAUAUUUUUAUUGUCAGAUGGUUAAGAUUCUGGAGCAGCUCAGCGUAUUUAAUAAUAGAAGGAUAAAAUUGAAGAUGUAGUUACAAUCCAUUCAUUUGGAUAUGGAAGUGAUCAUGAUGCUGCUUUAAUGUCAAGUAUUUGCAAAGUAGGAUAAGGAAGUUUUUAUUAUAUUGAAAAUGUGAAAUUAUUAGAUGAAUUCUUUGCAGAUGCUUUAGGUCGAUUAUCUUCAGCUUUAGCAGAAAAAGUUUAAAUUGAUAUUAAAUGUGCACCAUAAAUACCUUAUUAAGAUAUAAAAAUAUAAAAAACUUAUGGUGAUAUGUGGAAACCAAUAGAUUAAGAAAGAUUUUAUUAAAUAAAAGUUCCAUAAAUUGCAUCAGAUUCAAGAAAAGAUUAUGUUUUUGAAAUUGCACUUCCACCUUUUACUGAAUAAAUUCUAGAUGAAUAAAGAGUUCCUUAAGUAAUUUAGGUUUAUUUGUAAUUCUGUAAUACAUUUUCAAAAUAAAUUUACUAAAAAGUUUCAGUUUUAUAACUUAAACUUUAUAAUGAAGAUGAAUAAAUUGGAGAGAAUGAUCCUAAUGAAGAUGUCACAAGAGAAUUCUUACGUGUUUAAGCAACAGAUGCUAUAGAUUAAGCAAGGAAGAGAUGUGAAUUAUCAAAGAAUGAAGAAGCAGAAGAAAUGUUAGAAAAAAUGAAAUAAAAUAUUCUAACUGAUUAAAAAUUGGCAAAAGUUUCUGCUUAGGCUAUUAUAGAUAUUGAUUAAGCUAAAAAUGCUAGUAAGAGAAACAAUUAUGCUAAUUUUGGAAUGAAAUAAAUGUAUUAAAUGUCAGUAAAUAAUUACUAAUAAGAAGGAUUGAAUGCUUAAUUUGAUUAAAAAGGAGCACAAAUACAAUAAAUAGAAUAAGGAAUGUUUUAAAAUAAGAGACAACUUAAAAUGGUAUAAGAAGUUUAGAAAAGAAAAUCUUGA